AUGAAUCCUGAGCAGGAGUAUGAAAAAAUUGUUGGAACUUCAAUCUACAACUGGGUAUCAGAUGAAGAAACGGGUGAGAGUGAAUUAUCAGAAUUUCAGCGGAAGACUGCCUUGAAAGAACAUCCAUCCUUUCUGGAAAUUGCAGCUUUCUCGUUCUUUCCUGGAUCCUUUUUGGUUGGACCCCAAUUUAGCAUGCGAAGGUACCAGGAUUACGUCCAUGGUCGUCUUAUUGAAAGCAAGCCAGUGUCAAAUAUUCAAAAGCUACCUGACUGUAUUAUUCCUGGUAUUCUGCGUACAAGCCUUGGUUUCAUUUAUGUAGGGAUCUACCAUCUUGGUUCACAAUACUUCCCUGAAAAGUAUUUGUUAAGCCAUGCGUUUGACAAACUUAAUUUUGUCCAACGAUGUUUCGUUAUUGGGAUUUGGGGCCGUAUCAACUUGUAUAAAUAUAUAAGCUGUUGGCUGAUGACAGAAGGAGUUUGUACAGCUUUCGGAUUGACGUACAAUGGAAAAGAUUCCAAGGGUCUUUCGAAAUGGGAUGGUUGUGCGAACGUCAAGUUACUAACUUUCGAAAAUGCUACAGAAUAUGAUCACUAUAUCCAGUCCUUCAACAUUAACACAAACCAUUGGAGUGCAGAAUACAUUUAUAAAAGGUUGAAAUUCCUCGGAUCCAAGCUUUAUAGUCAAGUAACGACCCUCGCAUUUCUUGCUGUUUGGCAUGGCUUCCAUUCCGGGUACUACAUGUGCUUCGUUAUGGAGUUCAUCAUUAUGUACUUCGAGAAAGAUGAAGCGCUGUUGUGCUCUAAUACCGUGAACUUAGCUGAGCGAAAUAUACAAGUGCCUCCAGACUUUUUCGGUCAGUCCCCUUGCGAUUUUCCUGUAUGGCGUAGGCCAUGCCUCCUGCUUGUUGAUAGCAGAUGUGGCCCAAAGGCAAAUUGCAAGGAGACUAGCGAAGAAAGUCUGUGGGAGCUCUUGGAAACUUCUCUUGUUUAA